GAUAUAGAUAAAUAGAGAGUGAGGCACCCAAGGAAAAUGCGAGCGAGGAUGAGAGCUGUGGCAGUAACGGCUCCUCAUGCCCUGUUCUCGUUACCAUCGACGCCAUCAGCCAGCGCUAGCAGCAGUAGCACUGCCAUUAAUUUUGAUUCAGUUUCACGUUUCCGGCGCCUGGGGUUGUUCAGAUUCAGAGCAAGAGUCCGUCACCGUAAGCCAAUUCUGAAUGCCGCGUCUUCGGCGGGAGCGGUGGAGGUGGGGUUCAGGGAGAUUCAGGAGAAGUGCAGCAAAUGGCAGUGGAAGGGCCAUACCAUUAGUUAUCUUGUUGUUCAUCCUCCACAAGCUCGCUCAAGUGAUCCCCCUGUUCUUCUUGUUCACGGCUUCGGCGCCUCCAUUGCUCACUGGCGCAGGAAUAUUAUGAUACUGGCUGAAAGUCAGACUGUUUAUGCCAUUGACCUUCUUGGUUUUGGUGCAUCUGAUAAGCCAUCAGGCUUUGCAUAUACAAUGGAAAUAUGGGCUCAGUUAAUAUUGGAUUUCUUGGAUGAAAUUGUUCGUAAACCAACUGUGCUGAUAGGGAACUCUGUUGGGAGUCUUGCUUGUGUCAUUGCUGCCUCAGAAUCUACUAAUGCCUUGGUUCGAGGGCUUGUACUAUUAAACUGUGCUGGUGGCAUGAACAACAAGGCAGUUGUUGAUGAUUGGAGAAUCAAGUUGUUGUUACCCCUGCUCUGGUUGUUUGAUUUCUUAUUGAAGCAACGAGGAAUUGCUUCAUCAAUCUUUGAGCGUGUCAAACAAAGAGAUAAUCUGAGGAACAUCUUAUUAUCAGUUUAUGGGAAUAAGGAAUCAGUGGAUGAAGAUCUGCUACAGAUCAUUAAGGAACCGGCGGAUGAUGAAGGGGCACUGGAUGCUUUUGUUUCCAUUGUCACAGGCCCACCAGGGCCCAACCCAGUGCAGUUAAUGCCAAGACUCUCCUUGCCUAUUCUAGUCUUAUGGGGCAACCAAGACCCAUUCACCCCUCUUGAUGGCCCUGUAGGUAAAUACUUCGCUUCCCUGCCUUCUCAGCAACCCAAUAUAAGCCUCUUUAUAUUGGAGGGAGUAGGACAUUGUCCCCAUGAUGACAGACCUGAUUUAGUCCAUGAAAAGUUGAUUCCUUGGUUGGCUUCUCUUCCUACUUCAUGAGAGUCGUUGCUUUAUUGAUAAAGUGUUCUGGAAAAGGAAAUGCAAAAGAUUGAUCCUUGAGGACAUUAUCUUAGCAGCGUGUCUCCAACUAAAUGUGUUUCUUGUGUUUACAUUUAAUAAUUUUCUAUGCUCCAUCUCCUAGGGGCUAUUGUUGUUUA